ACUAUGUUGCGUCACGCAACCUAAUUAAUAUUCACAACUUAAGUCUUCGCCGUAGUAGAACUCGUAAAUUCGCUCAACCUCAGACCUUCUGCUGCUCUUUCUUUAAUUACUUUGCUGAACAGAAAGAGUUCAGUGCAUCCGCUCAGCUGGGGCAAACGGCUGUCAUAUUUGACUAGCCUAAACUCACGUAUCUGAGCAAAGCAUCUUUUCUCGAACAAGAGGAGCCAAAUUAGAAACCGGGGGAUUUCUGAAUAUUUCUUUGGUGCGAAUCGACGUGAAAUAAAAGACAAUGACUCAGUUCAACAAGGGCCCUGCAUAUGGUUUAUCUGCUGAAGUGAGAAGUAAGAUUGCUCAGAAGUAUGACCUGCAGAAGGAGGAGGAGCUGAGGAACUGGAUUGAGGAUGUAACGGGCAUGCCAAUCGGAGAAAAUUUCCAGAUGGGAUUGAAGGAUGGAGUCAUACUGUGCGAGCUCAUUAAUAAACUCCAGCCUGGCUCCAUUAAGAAAAUCAACCACUCCAAACUUAACUGGCACAAGCUUGAGAACCUGGGCAACUUCAUCAAAGCCAUUCUUGCUUAUGGUCUGAAGCCUAAUGACAUCUUUGAGGCCAACGAUCUGUUUGAGAAUGGGAACAUGACUCAAGUCCAAACCACACUUCUUGCUCUAGCCAGCAUGGCAAAAACUAAAGGUAUGGACACAAAAGUUGACAUUGGCAUAAGGUAUGCGGACAAACAAACCCGCAACUUUGAUGAUGAGAAAUUGAAGGCUGGUCAAUGUGUGAUUGGACUGCAGAUGGGGACAAAUAAAUGCGCUAGUCAGGCUGGGAUGACCGCUUAUGGCACCAGGAGACAUCUGUAUGACCCAAAGACUCAAGCAGACAAGCCUUUUGACCAAACCACAAUCAGCCUGCAGAUGGGCACUAAUAAAGGAGCAAGCCAGGCUGGCAUGUUGGCCCCGGGCACCAGGAGGGAUAUUUUUGACCAGAAAGUGGCUGUCCAGCCACUGGACAACUCCACCAUCUCGCUGCAGAUGGGCACCAACAAGGUGGCCUCUCAGAAGGGCAUGAGCGUGUACGGGCUGGGCAGACAGGUAUACGACCCUAAAUACUGCGCCUCCCCCACCGAACCCACCAUCCACAGCAAUGGCAGCCAGGGCACCGGCACCAACGGCUCUGAGAUCAGCGACAGCGACUACCAGGCUGAAUACCAAGACGAGUACCAGGCAGACUGCCACGAGGAAUACAGAGCCCACUAUGACCACGGCAUUGACUAUUAAACUGCAAGCUUACAGAUUAAUAUUUUUGGAUCCUCACAUAAACAGAGCGAGUUGUUUUUUUCUCUCGCUAGCCUUUUUAUACAUGGCAAGAAACAGAUGUUAAGAGGAGCAUUUCCUAUAUCAUCGUUCCUAAGAUAAUGCAGUAUUUUAUUAGCUAGAUAGACAAUAGACUAUAGUCUCUAGUAUUGUUUUUCCCUUUUUAAAAAAAAAGUUUUACCCUUUUUAAAAGUCAAAAUGGGUUAGAGAAGCAGUCCAAGUGUUUGUCAAAUAACAUUCAUGGCAUAUUAACUACAAUCUCUGAUUGUUUGAAUUUUUUUUUUUUUUUUUAACUAAGCAUAUUUUUUACUUCCUGCUUUUUAAAUAAUUUGACCAAACAACGCCUUGCUAAAUUGUGCCACAGGCCCUUGUAUAUGUUUAGACCAACUCCUAUCUUUUUGAUCAAUCCCCCUCUUCUCAACUGUCUUGUAUUUAUUGCCAGUAAUACUCAAUAGAGACCUCAGUCCUGUUGAAUGGCUCUUUUUUUUUAAUGAAUAAAGUUUUUAAUUUUC